AUGGCAGAUGACCGAAAGCAAAGCCUGGUGACGGGGCUGACAUCAAGUAGUCGGAAAUACAUCCCGACGUGGUACAACUUUGACAAGACUGGAUCGGAACUAAACCUUACAGCUGUCACGAAAAAUGGUGGAUACUAUUUGACAAAAAGUCAAACUUCAGGUUUGGAACAACAUGUGCAGGAUAUAAUUCUUCGGGUUCCAUAUGACUUUACCUUAGUUGACCUCGGAAGUGGAGACUGUUCCAAAACGAGAUAUGUUAUAGAUGAGCUACUGAAAAGACAACAGAACCUUUCGUUUUUCCCUGUUGACAUUUCUAGAGAAUUUCUUUUGAAUUCUACAAAGAAACUGAGAGAAGAAUAUGCUGACUCGCUCGUAGUUACACCUAUAGGUGCGGACUAUCAACAAGGAGUAGAGCAACUGAAGCAAUUUAAAGGCCCUAAACUGAUACUUUGGAUUGGCAGUAUGAUUAAUUUGCCUUAUGAUGUUCAGGUGGAUACUCUCAGGAUGAUCUCCACCAUUAUGACAGACAAAUGCCGACUAGUCUUUACUGGUGACAUCACACAGGACAGAGACACUAUCCUUAAAGCCUACCAUGACGACGAAGGCACUUUUCUUUAUGUUACAUCUUUAUAA